CACUCACACUCAAAGAAACAAUAUAUUGAUCAGUUUCUUAAAUUUCCAUCUGAAUUUCCGUUUCACUCUUCCAACGGCGAUCAUCCGAUUCUCAAAAUCCGGUUCAAUUCCAAAAUUCAAAGGAUUGAGCACAAUUGUGUUAGGGAAAAAGAAUACAUUGUCGUAUUGAAGAACAUCAUUUUUGUUCUUCCGUCAAAAACUAUUUUUCUUGAAGAUUUGCAGACCUGUUGGUGAAGACAAAACAAAGAAAUGAAAAAGCAUCGGUUCAGAAAUAAACUUAACUUAAUUCUUGGAAGUCAUAUUGAUCCUGACAAAGAUGAGGAGCUUAAAGGAAGUAAUAUAGUAAUGGAGGACAACUAUAAGAAGAUUCUAGAGCUUCUCAAAGAGGAAGACAAGGGUGACAGAAACAAAGUUGUGGAGUUGAUUGAAGAUUUCCACAAACAUCAUCAAACCAUUUAUGAGCGUUACGAUCAUAUCACAGGAGAGCUGAGGGCAAAAGUUCAUUCAAAGAAAGAAAAGGACUCUUCUUCCUCAUCCAGCUCAGAUUCAGAUUCAGAUGAUUUAUUAACCAAAAAAGGCAGUAAAAAUGGGAAGUUGAAUGUAGUAGACAUCCUCAAAGAACAACUUCAAGCUGCAACAACACAAAUUGAUGAGUUGACUGGAAAGUUGGCCAUUGUAAUAGAAGAGAAGGAAACACUGAGUUCAGAAUGUCUGGCCACUUCAAACAAAUUACAGGAAACCGAAAAGAAGUUCGGAGAGUUGAAUCUUGAAGCUGAUAGAUUGCACGAAGAAAACUCUAAACUUUUGGCUAACAACGAAGACCUCAAUCUGAAAUUUGAAAAGUCCAAAGUGCUAGAAGGAGAACUUAAAGCCGUUAUUGUUGGGUUGGAAGGAGAAAAUGAGAGUUUCAAGUCAGAACUUUCUGGAAUGAAGGAGAAACUAGAAGCUACAGAAGACGAACUAUCCAACUUAAGCAAAACAUUAGAAGCUUCUGAUGCAGAGAAGAACUCUCUAUUAAUGAAGGGUUCAGAGUUGGCAGAUGAGAUCAAAGUGUAUCAUGAAAAAGUCGAAGAACUUGCCAAUGAAUGCGGCCAAUUAAAAGAAAAGUUGGCUGACAAAGAGAAAGAGCUUCUUAGUCAUACAGAGAUGCAUAUCUCUCACAAAAGUGAAACGGAAAUCAAAAUAAGGGGUUUUGAAGAAGAGUUUGAAAACUUGAAUUCCCAGAAAAAAGUGAUUGAGAUUCAAAAAGAAGAAUCCCAAUAUCAAAUAGAGAAUUUGACAGAAAGAGUCAGCAAUUUGCAAAAGGAGUUGGAAUCUUUGAGCAUUCAGAAAAGUAAUUUGGAAGAAGAUACGAAGGCUUUAAUGGAUAAAGUAAAUGAAAAGCAAGAAGAAAUUGUGUCUUUAUGCAACCAAAAACUUGAAUCAGAAAGUCAACUGGAGAAAAGUAUUUCGGAAGUUUCUGGUUGCUUGAUCCAGAUAGAUUCUCUGAAAGAGGAUCUGGCAGGUAAACAGGCAGAUGAACAGAAAUUGCUAGAAGAGAAAGAAGUGUUUCUUGUUCGGGUUAGGGAGUUAGAGGAAGAGGUCAAGUCGUUGCAUGGUCUAAAGGCUGAUUUACAAACAUCAGUCAGCACAAAAACUCAGGAAAUUGCAGACUAUGUUAUUCAGAUAGAGAAUUUCAAAGAGGAGGUUGCAAAAAUGACUCUUGAUCAGGCGCAGACUGCGGAAGAAUGUGAGUCAAAGAUCAAAGAUCUGGAACUAAAGCUUCAAUCCGCCAAUAAUAUGAAAAUCGAAUCAGAAACACAACUUGAGAAAAAAGGCCUUGAAAUAUCAGAACUUUUAGUUGCGAUUCAAUGUCUUAGAGAAGAACUCGAAAGUAAGUCAAAAGAACAAGAGAAGACGAUCGAAGAGAAGGAACGCUUUGAGUCAAUGGUCAAAGAUCUAGAGUUGCAGACGGUAACGUUAAACAACCUGAAACAUGAAGCUGAAAUUCAUCUCGAGAAAAAGGGUGCCGAGAUUGCAGAACUCUCAGUUCUGAGUCAAACUCUGAAAGAGGAACUUGAAACUCAGUCAAAAGAACGAGAGAGGAUAGUGGAAGAGAAAGAUGGCUUUGAGUUAAUGGUGAAAGAUCUAGAAUUGCAGCUCGAAUCAUUAAGAAACCUUAAAACUGAAUCGGAAAAUCAACUUGAGAAAAAGGGUGUUGAGAUUGCACAACUACUAGUUCUGAGUCAAACUUUGAAAGAAGAACUUGAAAGCAAGUCAAAAGAACAAGAGAAGACAACGGAAGAGAAAGAUGGCUAUGAGUCAAAGGUCAAAGAUCUAGAGCUGAAAGUUGAAUCACUAAACAACCUGAAAAAUGAAUCCGAAGUUCAACUCGAGAAAAAGGGUGCUGAGAUCGCAGAACUCUUAGUUCUUAGUCAAACCCUGAAAGAAGAACUUGAAAGUAAGUCAAAAGAACAAGAGGAGACAGUCAAAGAGAAAGAAGGCUAUGAGUCUAAGGUGAAAGAUCUAGAAGUGCAGCUAGAAUCACUAAACAACUUGAAAAAUGAAUCCGAAAUGCAACUUGAGAAAAAGGGUGCUGAUAUUACAGAACUUCUAAGCCUGAACCAGUGUCUGAGAGAAGAACUUGAGAGCAAGUCAAGAGAGCUAGCUGAAGAGAAGAAAGAUAAUGAGUCUAGGGUCAAAGAUCUAGAAUUGAAGCUUGAAUCCUUGACAAACCUGAAAAAUGAAUCAGAAGUACACCUCGAGAAAAAGGGUUCUAAGAUUGCAGAACUCAUGAUUCUGAGCCAAAGUUUGAAAGAAGAACUUGAAAGCAAGUCAAGAGAACACACGAAGACAGCGGAAGAGAAAGAAGGCUACGAGUCAAAGGUCAAAGAUCUCAAAUUGCAGCUAGAAUUGUUAAACAACUCGAAAAUUGAAUUGGAACUGCAACUUGAGAAAAAGGGUAUUGAAAUUUCUGAACUUGUAAUCUUGAAUCAAAGUUUGAAAGAAGAGCUUGAAAGCAAGUCCAAAGAUCAAGCAAAGACUGUGGAAGAGAAGGAAAGCUAUGAAUCAAAAGCCAACGAUCUAGAAUUAAAGCUCGAAUCCUUGAACAGCUUGAAAGUUGAAUUAGAGUCUCAACUCGAGAAGAAGUGUACGGAAAUUUCAGAACUCUUAAUUCAGAGUCAAAGUCUAAAAGAAGAACUUGAAAGCAAGUCAAAAGAUCAAGCAAAAACAGUGGAAGAGAAGGAAGGUUAUGAGUCACAGGUCAAAGAUCUGGAACUGAAACUCAAAUCCUUGGAGACUCUGAAAAAUGAAUCAGAAAUGCAACUUGAGAAGAAAGGUCUCGAACUUUCUGAACUUACAAUCCUAAUUGAAACUCUGAAGGAACAACUCGAAAGCAAAUCACAAGAUCAAACAAGGACGGUGGAAGAGAAGGAAAGCUAUGCAACAAAAAUCAAUGAACUUGAAAAGGAAUUAAAUUCUGUGAAUGGCUUAAAGGAUGAGUUGGAGAAGAAAUUUGAAAGCGAGAAACGUGAUGAUCUUCAGCUACAAAACCAACUGCAAGAUAAAAUUCAAGAACUGGAAACAACUUUAGCUGAAAAAGAACAAAGUGUUGAGCAAUUGGAGGAAGCCAUUGAAGACCUUAAAGGAGAUCUUGAAAUCAAAGGAGACGAUAUCACCACUUUGACUGAAACUGUCCGAAACCUUGAAGUCAAAAUCCGUCUCGCAAACCAGAAACUUCGUGUAACAGAACAGACACUGAGUGAAAAAGAAGGUGAACACGCAGGCAAAGAGGAGAAGCUGCAUCAAGAAAACAAAUCACUUGUAUUGAGAAUAUCUACAUUAUCAGAAAUAAUCGCCAGUUACAAAGAAUCUGAAGAGAAUGUUAGAAAGGAGAUCACACAAAAGGUUAAGGAGAUAACAGGUGGCAUGGAUUCACUUACAGUGAAGUUUGAAGAAGAUCACGGACACGUAUUAACACAGAUUUACGAAAUCAUGAAUGAAAUUCAAGUUUCUAAGAUUUCGAUAAAGAACAUGAGUUCUGAGAAAGAUGAUCUAAAGGAAAAAGUGGCAAAACUGGUGGUACAACUGAAGGCACUUGAAAUAGAGAAGGAGAAACUGAAGAAUUCCCUUGAUCAGCUUGUUCACAAAACAACUGGGAACGAUGAGAAGAUCAAAGAGUUGGAAAAACAGCUUCAUUUGAAAGAUGAGGGGUUACUGGAUCUCGGAGAGGAGAAAAGAGAAGCCAUAAGACAGCUAUGUAUGUUGGUUGAUUAUCAACGUGACCGUUAUGAUCAUCUCCACGAACUUCUUUCAAAGAAAACCAAUGUUGAAAGAAGGCAAACGGCAAGGUAAAUAGUUUAUGUACAAUUGAAUUCAUUUCCCAUUUUUUUGGGGAGUAUAUUGCAGCUUGAGUAUAUUCGUCUCUGUUCUUGAAAGGUUAAUGAUUUGAAUUACAUAGCAAAAUUGGUGUAUAAUGGUUCGUCUUUUCUCAUGUAUCAUUUGGUACUAUAAGUCAGUUUUAAUUUGUUUUGGUGUGUAUAAUACCACAUUGGGGGUAGAUGUUUAUCGUGUAUAGGAAAUUACUUGUUAUCUCCUAGUCUGUAUUUGUUAUUCAUUUAGACGUUAUUUUGGACAUCGUAUACAGCAUAUGUUUGAGCUAA